GUUUAAAUAUAACAUCAAACCUAUAAAAAGACUAAACCCUAACCCCAAAGUAGUUGCGUGACCCUGCGGGAUUACUGAAAAGUGUACUAAAUCACCGUCAAGUAGUUCUCCCAUUAAAUUAAUGCAUGUAUCAAUUUUUACCUCUAAGCUGCGUUAAACUCUAAAAAGAAAUAGUUGUGUUUGAUGGAUAGGAUUCCUGGAUAGGAAUGUAUUCUCUAACGUGCAGUGGUCCGCUGUAUUUACAAGUAUAUCGAAUGAGCCCAUAAUCGAUUUAACGCAUACUUGUUUGCGUGCUGCACCAUCGAUACCUACGAUGGCUUUGUCAUUUAAAUUAGGAAUAGGUUGCCAGAAGAGAUUUCUAUCAACCACGCAAACACGCCACUGUCAACAGCAAUAGAGACCCUUGGUAAACACUCCACAGUAAUAAGAGAGUCGUGGCGGUACGUAUUGCGCGCCGGGCUCGUCAAAAUGUUUAACACACAAAAGAUUUCUUGCACAGAGCGUUUUAGAAAAAAAUAUGGACAUUGGCAGUGCCAAACAUGCAACGACCUGUUGUAAAAGAGCUUUGCAUAGGAUACCGAUCGAUAUCGUCCAUUGUAAUUUGUAUGAAAAUAGCUUAAUCGUAGUCAUGCUGUAAAAGCCCUGACAAAUACUCGUAAAGCCAAAUCCUAGACCAAUCCAAGAAGGUCAGAGCACAUGUAAAUGUAAAAACUACUCGGCUCUUUUACGUUUCACAUACAAGAUUAAACUACCAGCAACAAAUUAUUUUGUUGUAGGAAGCCCGCCAUAUCUGAUGCCACCAGCAGCCCCAUUCAUAACUACGUCCCCCAUGCAGUGCCGUUGCUAACCUGUUGCUCACAACGCACUCAAGUGUUGAGUGAAUUCACGGUACACGUAUAUAAAAUCACAUGGAUCUGGGUGAUACUGUGUGAAAGAAAAAUAUAACGAGUACUGUCAUAAAUCAUUAUAGUCCAGUCAUCUAGUUUACAGUUGGCAAACACAAUUUCAACGUGCCGCCCAGUAACACCUGUCGAAGUGCAAGCGUCCCAUUCGAGAUCACACGACUAGGAAGAGAAACCUGCGUUAGAGACUGGUAAUUACAUGUAUAUCCUUUCCUCGACUGUUAAACUUUGAACACCGUGAUUGUGGCGAUAGAUCAUACCUGUUGGAGGAAAUUAAAUCACUUCUUUCCAAAGAGUGAAGGAUAUUAAUGAACAGGUGUUUCUGAGGAGGUAAUGCAAAAUCUUGCUUGGAUUAGCACGUAGCAACCAGAAAGCAUUCCAGCAGGAAUGUGGCCUGAGCAACGUCAGUUGAACUUUGAAUGCAAUUAAACCAUAUAACGGGUAUGCAACACUUUAGACGGACGUGUAUAAUUGUGAACAGCCGCAGUCUGAAAUGUGAAACACCAUGACGCACUGAUCGCAUUUGCGAAUUGAUCAUGAGUUGGAAAGCUCUGUCGCCGGCGGAGUGACCCUGGUAGUGGUUGAACCACGGCCAUGUACUCUCAGACUGGACACACCAUGCUGGAUGUGGAGACAAUCCUGGGCCUGCCGCGCCCAACUAAGAAGCCUUCGAGCCUCCGGAAGCCGCGCCAACAAGCCCAGCCCAAGUACAUCAACAAGGAACGUGCGCUUGCCAUAGCCAAGAAGUUCAAGAUCAACCAGAUUGGGAAGGUCUCUGUCCGUGCAGGGAGUAGCAAUGCCCUGGAUGACCCACCGAGAGUCAGCCUGCAGUCGGAGAAGGUCUUGACCAGACGGAUCCUCCUGGACCGCGAGAAGGGCUUGGAGACGGCCAUGAAUACCAAGGACAGUGCCGUCGGCAAGUGCAUCCUCGGUAAGAAUGAUUACGAGACCAGGAGACUUGGAGUGGAGUUUGAGAAGCUCAACGAGGACAAUGACAGGAAGAGCUACCAGCUGUUGAAACGAAAGAGCGUGUUUGUGCAUCAGCGGGGUCUUAUACUGACGCAGGGAGGAAUUGUUUUCGAUCCCACUUCUGCCACCGCAAACAAACGGGAUGUGCAGAUGGGCCCUGAUGCUACAAAACCACUGCCAGGAAUUCGGCCCUCGCAGACAGGUGAAGAUGCCCCUGGUGACGGCACAUCGAGACCCAAAAGGGAUAAGUCACCCUCAUACAUGCGGCCGCUUAGUUGUGAUCGAACCAGGUCCACAGAUUCGCAGGUAGCAGAGGCAGAGCGUUUCCUAGCAACACCUACCAUGAUGCGUUACGUCAAGGGUAACCCUGACGAAGAUAGCACUGUGCUUGCACUGAAGUCGAUCACCGAUGGUAACUCUCCUGACUACGACACUCACCCAACAGAUGAUAGCGCACGGGGGCCUUCAAAGAGGGCUUUUCUUAGAGAGGCAAUAAACCCGACGAGAAAAUCCCCACUACCUGAAAUUGCAGAGAGCGUUUCUUCCCAAGGAUCAAAGGAUGACGUUUUUGCUACCGCGGGUGCUCAAACAAAGACCACGCAUUCUCACAACUUUCCAGUCACCACAGCAUUGUACAGGAGCAAGUCGGUGGAUCAAGGUGCCGCCAAAUUUGUCAGCGAAUCCAGGAGGAGGCAUACGACUGCCUACUCCGGUUUCAGGCGUAGGUCACAGUCGAGUCCCUCAAAACCUGAUUUGAUAAAUGACUCCAACGAUACUGGGGAGGAAGACGCGAGAGCUGUGAAAUCUCCAGCCGUGAAACCUCUCCGACGUUCGCAUGGAAAAUUGUCCACGGCCAGUCCUCAGUUCAAGCACAAGAAAAGGCAUCGAAAGAGUCGUGUCUCUUUCACAAAGCGCCCAGCCUCGACUCAGCUCACCACAACCGAACCGUCAAAGGACCCGAGGUUUACCGACCUCACCUCCUUACUGGUACCGGACUCGGCAAAGGCUUUCGAUCUUUAUCGAGCCAUGGGCAGGCUGAGCGUUCUGGAACGAUGGGACCAGCCAGACACAAAGAGUUCGGGUCUGAGAACACACACCAGAAGAAAUGGACAUCUUGGGAAGAGGGGAAAUCAAAGAGUAUUUAAUGCUUUGUAUUAGAAUUAGGGCCUAAACGCUCUUCAUAAAGGCAUCUUAACUUAGCUUACCCCACUAGAAUAGUUCGAUAGCAGAUCGGAGUGAGGGUGAGAGGGAAAUCCAAAACGCAGUUCCGACUCAGACAGAUGUAGCAGUGCUAGCGGAAUGAUGUGGCUAAUUAGUAAAUACAAUCAAAUCUCAAUAUCCCAAUGCCAGUUGACACACAGGAGAAAUUAUCAUUUUAGUGUGUACUUUUUUCUUCAAGGGGCGUCCCGCAGGAUUUGAGGCGUCCAUACGCCUCAAACUCAACUGUCGCCCUUAUGAUCAUUACCAGCACUCCUGAAAACUAGAUCAGCCCCCUAAGACAAUUCCAUGAGGCUUGAAACAGACCGCCAACCGUUCCUUCUAAACCUAUUUGGAUACUUGUACAACUACAAGGACGUGAAUUAGGAUGAAUGUUUGUACCACGACAAAAUACGUGUUAUUAGACCUGUUCUUCACCUAAGAUUAAACCUUUAUCAAAUUUACUUAGGUUGUUUGCUUUCAGUUUAUAUUUUUUUAUUUAUUGAUUUUUUUUUACUUUUGCCUAAGCUUUGCUCUGUUAAAACGGGUCAGAUCAAGGUUCUUGAACUAACUCGUACACACAUGUACAUGUAGUCCAUUUUCUAGUAGGUUCCAAAUAUAUUUUCUGAGUUAGAACGACCCAAGAACGUGCCAUUUUAACCCGAAGAAACUUUUUGACAGACGUUAGGCCAAUAAAACUACUUGUAGGCCUACAGACAAAGACUAAUGCAUGACGACGGUAAUAAAGGAGCGAAUAAAAGUUAAUGUAUGGAGCCUAGA